GAUCUAUCCCGAUUCCCGUUGGUGCGGCAAGAGCUUGCCGAGUCUCUGCCGAAGAACAAAACUCGUGAGUUGAUCACGGCACCUGUUGUUCAGUUCAAUGCCUUCCCAAAAUGAUAAACGCGACCUUUCUCCGUCCAGAGAGGCGGUCCAGAAUAGCAAGAAGCGCAUCCAUCUCUCGUCCCCUGAACCUAUUAUUAUCGACGACGAUUCCGAUGACGACGACGAUCUUACGGAGAUCCUGGCACAAAUCAAACAACAAGAAGACAGUGAGAAGCUUGCCAAACAGCUACAAGACCAAUACGCUACAGGUAGUAGCUCCGGCAAUGCUAUUCUUAUAGAAGACGACCCGGAUGAACAAUUGUUUAUGCGGCUAGCAAGUAAUCGGGUAGCUGCCGAUGCCAUUGAACAAACGAGCGAAGCAGUCCCUCCAGAGAGUAGUGGAAAACCAAGAAUGAAAUCACAGAUGUCUUUGCGAUUUUUGGCUCAAGGAAAAACUCCAACCGAGAGUCUAUCUCCGUACCGAAUAGUUUUCACAGCUGAGAGACCAUGUACGAAAUGCGGAGAGACAGUAAAGUCUCCUCGUGGAUAUGUAAUGCUUUCCGGGGAAACGAUUUCACCUAGUCUCGGUUUCCUACUUCAUGCUCCAUGUCCCUGUAAAACGAAUCACUGUAGAGGCUGCUUUAAACCUCAUAUGUGCGUGGCAACAUGUAAAGGCAUAGCCAAGAAUUCCACAUGUACAGUGGAUACUUGCUGUACAGAAGUUCGUGCGAUCGCUCUAUUCGAAGCAUUGGGGAGUUUUGACAGGCAAUACAUUGGAGAAAAGGCUGUUUCUCAUAGUCGCGCUGCGGCCAUUGCUAGUGAUAGCAAGAGGAGUGCCUCUGGAUCAGUCGGACCAGGAGGUACUGGAUAUGGCGUCGGACACGGAGGAUAUGGAGCCGCGUAUGGACGGAAAGGAUUGAUGGGUGCCAUUCCGAGUACAGAUCCUCAAAGUAAGGCGCUUGCAGCGCACUGGGAAGUGCAAGUGACGCGCGCUUUGCGGAUGAUAACCGCUCUUCUUCCUUCCCCAUACGCAGAAUCCCCUCAAGCCUACGACUUGCUCCCUCACCCUUCCGUUGGUCAUUUGCUAAACUCAUCCAAGAUCCCUGAUCUUCUCGGGGACCUUCUGCGCAAUGAUUCUGUGACGGAUUGGAUCACACGAAGCGACGUAUACUACGCUAUGCUGGCUCUGUUAAAACGCAUGGCUGAUAGUGAGCUCACCGUAUCGGCGCUCCUUGAGGCCAGAUAUGUGCCAUCCAAAGGUCAGGGCAUUGAACAAUGGAUGUGGGAAGAGAGUGAAAUUGAGUGGGAGAAAGGGACGGGAGGAAAACUUGAACGUGCACCUCCCCUCUACGAAUACUUCAAAAAACUCAGCAAACAGAGCGAGGCAUUCUUAGCUGGUGCAUCUCGGCUCAUGGAAACUGAAGAAAACCCAGAGGAAAUAAUUAGAGCAAUCUCUUUGUGCGGCGAUAUCAUAGCCGCUCGAGAUGACAUCGAGCGAGCGAUUUCUGUUCUAGGAGUCUCGUCUGAUACAAAUUUUAGUUCUAAGGAGGAUAAGGAUACCUCAAAGGGAAAGGGUAAAGCUGACUCGGUCGAGCUCGAACAGGCCUACUCGCUAGCUUGCGAGCGCCUCGCAUUUCGACAUAUCCCUCUGGAUAGUUCCGAUUCGGGGAAGGGGAAGGCUACUGGUUUACAUUAUGACACUUUCAAUUACGCUACCGCCGUUACAAGCUCUCAAAAUGGCACACGAAAUCCCAAAGAUCGACUACAUCUCGUGAAAGAGCUCGCAGUUCUUGCUACGAGCUUGCCGCCUGGAAUCUGGGUGAGAGUCGAUGAAGUUCGAAACGAUGUAAUAAAGAUUAUGAUCGCCGGCCCAGAGGGAACUCCAUAUGCAGGUGGUCUCUGGGAGUUUGACUGUUUUAUGCCUCUGUCUUAUCCUGCAGUUGCGCCACAAAUGCACUUGAGAACAACGGGAGGCGGCAAAGUGCGAUUCAACCCUAACUUGUACGACAACGGCAAAGUCUGCCUUUCUCUCCUAGGGACGUGGCCUGGAAGUCCAGAGGAACAGUGGUUGCCAUACAAGUCUACUUUACUCCAAGUUCUCGUUAGUAUCCAAAGCAUGAUCUUAAUCGAUUUGCCGUAUUUCAACGAACCUGGAUUAGGUCGAGCCAAUCCCAAGUCGAACGCGAGCAUUCAUUAUAAUAGGAAUAUCUCUCUGCAGACUACUCGAUGGGCUAUCGUUGAUUGGUUGAAGGAAGAACACCGAAAUGGUAUUUGGGGUGAGGUUAUAGCCUCGCACUUUUCUAUUCGGAAAGAAAAAAUACGCAAGCAAAUAUGCGAUUGGGCUCAAAAUGACCCCAAAAUGCGUUCAUACACCGCGGCGAGUACCCGACCAAGUUACUUCGGGACAGAACAACCUAUGGACCUUCAAGUGACCAUACCUCUAGCAUUACACGGAAUGGAUUUGGUCAAGGAAUUCGAUGAAAGAAUGUUGGAAGUCCAAGAGUGGAAUUGGAAUAAAGAAUUUUAAGUAGAUUCGCUAUCGCUGAUAAUGGAUGUUGAACGCAUGCAUACACCAGCUCGUAUUCAGACUGCCUGGUGCGAGAAUCCGUCGUAGGAUGUGUUCAUUUAGUCUACAGACGGCGUUUUAUUGCAGACGACUACUGGUAACUGUGGCUUGCAGGGGAUUACAGGAGAUGUGC